AUGGCAGCUCUGGUGCCAAAGGUGGACAGUCUCGACCAUGUCUACGCAGGGGGUUCUGAGGGUCAUGCGGUGCCGGUCGAACUCGAGCAACGUUUCAAGAAUCUGAUCCAGAGCUUCAAAAAGGACUAUGGCCACAAGCCAGACUUUGUGUCCAGAAGCCCUGGACGGGUCAACAUAAUCGGCGAACACGUCGAUUAUUCGCUCUACGAUGUCUUGCCCACUGCCCUAACGGUUGAUGUGCUGAUCGCCGUCCGCACCGUCAGACGUGGGAAUGGAAACGCAGCUGAAGUCAAGAUUGCCAAUGUAAACCCUACCAAGUAUCCUUCCAAAACGCUGGUCAUCCCGGAUUCCGGCGCAGUCGAAGUCGAUAGUGAGAAUCAUUCUUGGAGUAAUUACUUCUUGGCUGGGUUGAGAGGAUCAUUGGAAUAUCUCCGAAAGCAGUUCGGCGACUCUUUCAAGCCCAAUGGCAUGGAAAUCCUAAUCGACGGAAAUGUCCCAGCUGGCGGUGGCUUGUCCAGCAGUGCAGCUUUUGUUUGUGCUUCUGCUCUAGGUGUCAUGGCUGCAAAUAGCCACGAUAUUUCAAAACAAGAUCUGCUUGAUCUCUGCAUUAUCUCGGAGCGCGCUGUCGGCGUCUUUUCUGGAGGCAUGGACCAAGCUGCAUCUAUAUUCUCUGAAAGAGGAUAUCUCCUCUACUGCCGGUUUUUCCCGGACUUCUCUGCCGAGCAUGUUCCUGUCCCGACAGCAGAGCCAGAAGUCACUUUCCUGAUUGCGCAGUCUUUCGUUACCUCCGACAAGGCAGUGACUGCACCAAUCCAUUACAACCUCAGAGUCGUUGAGUGCACCAUGGCGACUGUGGUGUUGGCCAAGCUGCAUGACAUUGCUCUGAAUCCAGACCAGAGCUCUCUUGGUUUCUGUCUGCGAAACUUUCAAGAAGAGGUCAUGAAGAAGGAAGGCCGCACAGAUGAGCCGUUAGCAGCACAACUCGAGUCCAUGGUCGAGAUCAUUAAGUCAAACCUCAAAGAGGAAGGCUACACCAGACAAGAUAUUGCCGAUAUUCUGGGCAUCUCCGUGCAAGAACUUGAAAAGCAAUAUAUGUCCAAGUUCCCCAUUCGAGCUGAUGUGUUCAAGCUGCGACAGCGCGCCUUGCAUGUCCUGGAAGAAGCUGGACGUGUCCUCAAGUUCCGAGAUACCUUAAUAAUCCCAGGGAAAUUGGAUGAAGAGAAGUUGCUCUACCUUGGCGGCCUCAUGAACAAGACACAGGCUUCGUGCCGAGACGUGUACGAAUGCUCAUGUCCCGAGAUUGAUCAAAUCUGCUCCAUCGCACUCAAAGCCGGGGCUUAUGGAACUCGACUCACCGGUGCAGGCUGGGGUGGUUGCACGGUCCAUCUGGUGCCUCAGCAUAAGGUUCAUGCAGUGACAGAGGCCCUCAAGCAACAGUACUACUAUAAAAAGUUUCCCGACAUCAGCAAAGAAAAGCUCGAGGAAGCCAUUGUCGUUUCAAAACCAAGCCAAGGGUCGUCGCUAAUUGUCGGGGCGGCACUCGAUGUAUAG